GGAGGCUGAAGGGGGCAAAGCUAGCAUUAGUUGGCUCUGCCUAUCAUUGGCUCUGGCUCCACUUCCUGCCAGCUUCUCUACUUUCCGCCCCACCAGUCCCAGAGUACCCACUGCUGUUGACUUUUUUAAAGGGGCCUCCAGCAGGCAAAGCUGCACAUCGCCAGCUCCAGCUCCUGCAGCCUUCCGUGUCUCGCAAGAGUCUGCGCGGGAGGGGGAGUUUCUAUGGCAACCAAGCAAACAGGGCUGAGCCUGAACCAAGAUCGGGACUUAACAGGGUUUAGCAGCUUCGCGCGACCCUUCGUAAUCAUAGAGACUUCAAAACAAACUGAUUUCUUCAAAAGAGAUUUCUGCCUGGUACCUGAUUCUAACAAAAUGGACUCUCUGGGUUUAAUUGAAGUGGAGUACAUAAAGAAUUUGCAAAAACAAGUCUGCUUAUUGGAAUGUGAGACAUCAUAUCUUAGAGAGAAAGCUAAAGAGGCUACAAGUAUCCAACCCAAAGUUACCAGAGACGCUGAAAAAAUAUUGCAAAAAAUAAAGGAACUGGAGACUGCAAUAAACACAGCCGAAAUACAAACUGCACAGAAAGAAAACAGCACCAACAUGGUUGAAGCUGAAACUCAUGCAAUGUACAGACAUCUUCAAACACUGUCAGAUGCAAAUAUUAAAGAAAAGCUGGUAUUAAUGGAGAAUGUUACAAAGCUGAAGAAACUGGCUGACAUCUCUGCUCAGGAUGUUUCAUGGAAGGAAGAGGAACUGCUAAAAAUUCAGAGAGAAAUACAGCAGACUGUAAAUUCAGUGAAGGAAAAAGAAUAUGAUGUCCAUCUUUUAGAAUCUCAGCUUCAGCCGCAGAUUCAGCAGCACCAAGGUAUGGAACGAAAGCUUGCAGAAAGCAGAUCAGAAUGCAUACGGCUGCAGGCAUUACUUCAUCAGCUAGAAGAGAAAUUACUUACCAGCUCUCAGUCCACACAACAGCAUAUUGCUAAAGAACUUAGUGAGGAGACUGAAAAAUUAAGGCAAAUCCUCAAGGAAAAAGAGCUUUCAGCUGAUGAGGACAAAUAUGUACGUGACAAGAUGGCAGAAGACUGUGGACAUCUGACAAGGGAAAAUGGCCUUUUACAAGCUCAAGUCCUAGAAGCUACCAGGCAGCUAAGCAAAGAGAAACAGCUGAGAGAAGAGGAGAGUACUUCCCAUUCAAGAAGAGCGUCUGAGCUAGUAUCAAGGAAAGAGAAAGAACAGCAACUUGAGAUGGAGCUCACCUACUUGAAGACACUAUUACAGAACGAAAGACAGAGAGUUCUUAAGGUCCAGGAGCAGGUAUUUCACCUUCAACAAGAAAGGAAGUCUGUGGAUCAAAAUGGGCAGUUGCUACAAUCUCAGCUAACAGAUUUAGAAAAAAGACAUGCCGAAGUUCAACUGGAAAAUUCAAAGCUGCAAAGAGAAAAAACUCACUUGGUGGAUCAUAUUUCUCACUUACAUAAAGAGAUUGCUGAAAAGGAAAAGAAAUUAAAUUCUCUGCACAGCCAUGUUAAUAACUUGUUCUGCGACUUCAACAAUUACAAAUCUCAAGUCAAUACGGCAUCUAUCCUGGAGAAAGAAAAAUGGAAAGAGUUCUCCAGCAUAUUAACAGCAAACCAUACAUCCAUGAGCUAACUUUGGAAAGCAAUUAUGUAUAACUGCUGGCCUACUUUAACUCACAUUGAGAAGUUGCAUUUUGUGCCACAUCAUACAAUUCUCCUAGGCCAAAUUCUUACAAAGGCAGUAUUUAGAGACGAAUAAAACUAUACCUUAAUCCUAGUCUAAGAAAGAAAGUAGU